AUGCACGCCCCCGAGAAGAAGGAUGGCGGCAAGGGCAAGAAGAAGAGGAAGGGGACCAGCGAAGAUCUCAGCAGGGGGGGCGUGGACGGCGGCCUGCGGUUCCUGGCGAUCCUGCCCUUCCCCGUGGAGAGCGCCUACGACGGAGGGGGAGGCAUCGACGAGCUUUUUGUGAUUGUGCACACGUACGAGGAUCACAUGCUCAACCCUUUCGUAAACGUGCUGCAAACCUCCCGCGCGGAUGGCGCCAAGCUUUCACGGCCCUUGCUGUCCAACUGGUCAUUCCCAGUUCGAAGCGUUGCAGAUGGCAGGCGCCUCAAAGUUUGUCAAGCUACGAAGGAAUUCGUGCACAAUAUGGAUUUUUGGUUUUUUGAAGAUGGUCCGUUGGAGAACAUGCCGUUGUUUCACUAUCACAGCCUUUGCCGCCAUAUGAUGUUUAAGUUCAUGAGUGAUGGCGUGAAGGUGCUCGAAGGCGGCGGCGGCGGUGCCGGGGGCGGGAAGAGUCCCACGGGCAGACACUGGCACCUGGCUAAGGUCGGGCACGGUACGAGCAGCAGUGCCGACGCUUCGUUCGAGAGCAUGGGCCCGGAGAUGGACAGAGGCGUUUACGUAACGGUGCACGUGCAAGACAUCCUCGUGGAUGAGGACAUCUCUCCCUCGCUCGUGAAAGGCCUAAGAGACAGCGGACGAGCGGAGGUGCUGCCCAGGCUCUACCACGCCGUGCUGCCGACCCUCAUCGCGGUAGACGACGUCGAAGGCCUCCGUCUCAAGUCCAAGGCUCUCGUGGACGAUGAGGGAGGAGACCGCGGCGGCUUCGCGCACCUGAAGAAGCCGGUGGGGCAGAGCUCCGGCGCAAUGCUGUCGUACAACGGGCCAAUCAGGGGGGUCGGCAACAUCGUUGAGUCCGUACCGGUGGCGGCCGUGCAAGAGCGAGGCGGCGGUGUCGCGAACCAACCUUUAGGUUCCGUUUCCCCUUCGGCGGCGAACGCCUUCGGCGAAGUCGAAGGCAACGACAGCGGCUACGCCAACGGCAAGCCCUCCGCCACCGCCACCGCUGUCUCCUUGGUGGGACUGGACGAGGAGACACGCCGCGUUCUGGCCAAGGCCGGGUUGGGCAGGAUGCCCGCCACCACGUUCGAGUGGGUCAAGUUCGAGCGAGUCCAGCAAGGCCUCCCGGCGGACCCCCCUUGCCCGGUAUGCCAGAAGCCAAAUGCCCAAAAGAGGUGCACGAGGUGCAAGAUCGUCAGAUAUUGCUCGCGGGAAUGCCAGAAGCAGCACUGGCCCACCCACAAGCUGGAGUGCUAUGCCGACAGCUAGUCGGCUAAAUGGUUCGCGCCGUGUAGAGAUGGGCGUAUUGACUUCUUCUCCGUAACUCCUCCCGUCUUCUGCUCGCCCCCCUGCGAACCCAAACGGGAACAGGGAUGAGAGUUGGUUUCUUUUCCAUAUCCCGCAGGACAGAUUACUUCGUUGUUGGUUUGAUUGUGUCAUAUGUGCCAUGCUUGCUUUCAUGUGUCGUUACCAUACUUCUGUGGAUUGGCGGGUUCCGACUGAUGGGAGGGACAUUUUGACAUUUGCCUCCAAUAGUUGUUUUGUAUUUGAAAGUAUUCUCUUGCGUGCUUGGUUCGGGAGCACCUGAGUUUAUUGCUGUUUUCUCUGCGGGGCAAACUGCAAAUGGCACGUUCUCUGGACUAGAUCUUCCCGUGCGCCUCCUCCAUUUGACUGGUGAGAGUACUGGUUGAUUUGCACCCGCUUUAUUCACGGUUUGCGUUUUUUCAUUGCUCUACCGGUUAGCGCGGUGAUGUAUGUAUAUCUAGGCCAUGUCCUGCAAU